CCGAUCUUGUUUCCAGCGCGCUGUGGCGGCUGCCUGAGACGGACUCGGCAGGGGUGGGAAAGUCCUGUCCAAACGGGGUGUGUGGCCGGAAGGAGGCGCCGAGUGGGCGGUGCCUUCGGUAGAUUUAAUUCCCAUGAUCGGUUAAUGGACGUCGUCUGCAUCAACAACAUAAACUUCCAGAGAAAAUCUGUUGUGGGUUUUGUAGAACUGACUAUAUUUCCUACAGUUGCAAACUUGAAUAGAAUCAAGUUGAACAGCAAGCAAUGUAGAAUAUACCGAGUAAGGAUCAAUGAUUUAGAGGCUGCUUUCAUUUAUAAUGAUCCAACCUUGGAAGUUUGUCACAAUGAAUCAAAACAGCGAAAUCUCAAUUACUUUUCUAAUGCUUAUGCUGCUGCUGUUACUGCUGUUGAUCCUGAUGCAGGAAACGGAGAACUUUGCAUUAAGGUUCCAUCAGAGCUGUGGAAACACGUUGAUGAGUUAAAGGUCCUGAAGAUACACAUUAAUUUUUCUUUGGAUCAGCCGAAAGGAGGUCUUCAUUUUGUGGUACCCAGUGUAGAGGGGAGUAUGGCUGAAAGAGGUGCUCAUGUCUUCUCUUGUGGGUAUCAAAAUUCCACAAGAUUUUGGUUCCCAUGUGUUGAUUCAUACUCUGAAUUGUGUACGUGGAAAUUGGAAUUUACAGUAGAUGCUGCAAUGGUAGCUGUGUCCAAUGGAGAUCUGGUAGAGACAGUAUAUACCCAUGAUAUGAGGAAGAAGACCUUCCAUUAUAUGCUCACCAUUCCAACAGCUGCCUCAAAUAUCUCUUUGGCCAUUGGACCUUUUGAAAUACUUGUAGAUCCAUACAUGCAUGAGGUAACUCACUUUUGUUUACCUCAACUUCUUCCAUUGCUUAAACAUACAACAUCUUACCUUCAUGAAGUUUUUGAAUUUUAUGAAGAAAUUCUUACGUGUCGUUACCCAUAUUCCUGUUUUAAGACUGUGUUCAUUGAUGAGGCUUAUGUUGAAGUGGCAGCCUAUGCUUCCAUGAGCAUUUUUAGCACAAAUCUACUACACAGUGCUAUGAUAAUAGAUGAGACACCUCUGACUAGGAGGUGUUUAGCCCAGUCCUUGGCUCAACAAUUUUUUGGCUGUUUUAUAUCCAGAAUGUCUUGGUCUGAUGAGUGGGUGCUGAAAGGAAUUUCAGGCUAUAUUUAUGGACUUUGGAUGAAAAAAACUUUUGGUGUUAAUGAGUACCGUCAUUGGAUUAAGGAGGAACUAGAUAAAAUAGUGGCAUAUGAGCUGAAAACUGGGGGAGUUUUACUACAUCCUAUAUUUGGUGGAGGAAAAGAGAAGGAUAAUCCAGCAUCCCACCUACACUUUUCCAUAAAGCACCCGCAUACUCUCUCCUGGGAAUACUAUACUAUGUUUCAGUGUAAAGCUCACCUUGUGAUGAGAUUGAUUGAAAAUAGGAUCAGUAUGGAAUUUAUGCUACAGGUUUUCAAUAAGCUGCUAAGUCUGGCUAGUACUGCUUCAUCUCAGAAGUUCCAGUCACAUAUGUGGAGUCAGAUGUUGGUUUCCACAUCUGGAUUUUUGAAAUCCAUUUCAAAUGUCUCUGGCAAAGACAUCCAGCCCUUAAUAAAGCAAUGGGUAGACCAGAGUGGAGUAGUAAAAUUUUAUGGAAGUUUUGCAUUUAAUAGAAAACGAAAUGUCUUAGAACUCGAAAUAAAGCAAGAUUAUACAUCCCCUGGAACUCAGAAAUAUGUGGGACCACUUAAAGUAACAGUACAGGAAUUAGAUGGAUCUUUCAAUCAUACACUGCAAAUUGAAGAGAACAGCCUUAAACAUGAUAUUCCCUGCCAUUCCAAAAGCAGAAGGAAUAAGAAGAAAAAAAUCCCACUGAUGAAUGGAGAAGAAGUUGACAUGGAUCUUUCUGCAAUGGAUGCAGAUUCUCCUUUGCUGUGGAUAAGAAUAGACCCAGAUAUGUCAGUAUUGAGGAAGGUAGAGUUCGAGCAAUCUGAUUUUAUGUGGCAAUAUCAACUCCGCUAUGAAAGGGAUGUUGUGGCACAACAGGAAUCCAUCUUGGCCUUGGAGAAGUUCCCUACACCCGCGUCCCGCCUUGCACUCACUGACAUCUUAGAACAAGAGCAGUGUUUCUACCGAGUGAGAAUGUCAGCUUGCUUCUGUCUUGCAAAGAUUGCAAAUUCAAUGGUGAGCACAUGGACAGGACCACCAGCAAUGAAAUCACUCUUUACUAGGAUGUUUUGUUGUAAAACUUGUCCAAACAUUGUGAAAACAAACAACUUUAUGAGCUUUCAAAGUUAUUUUCUACAAAAGACUAUGCCAGUUGCAAUGGCUUUGUUAAGAGAUGUUCAUAAUCUUUGUCCUAAAGAGGUCCUAACAUUUAUUUUAGACUUAAUCAAAUACAAUGACAACAGAAAAAAUAAGUUUUCAGAUAACUAUUACCGUGCAGAAAUGAUUGAUGCUCUGGCCAACUCUGUUACACCGGCAGUCAGUGUGAAUAAUGAAGUUAGAACUUUGGAUAACUUAAAUCCUGAUGUGCGACUAAUUCUUGAGGAAAUCACCAGAUUUUUGAAUAUGGAAAAACUACUUCCAAGUUACAGACAUACCAUUACUGUCAGUUGCUUGAGAGCCAUAAGGGUGCUUCAGAAAAAUGGACAUGUGCCAAGUGAUCCAGCUCUUUUUAAAUCUUAUGCUGAAUAUGGCCAUUUUGUGGACAUCAGGAUAGCAGCUUUGGAAGCAGUAGUUGACUAUACUAAAGUGGACAGGAGUUAUGAAGAACUGCAGUGGCUACUUAAUAUGAUUCAGAAUGAUCCUGUACCCUAUGUAAGGCAUAAGAUCCUAAAUAUGUUGACUAAGAACCCACCAUUUACGAAGAACAUGGAGUCUCCCUUAUGCAAUGAAGCCCUGGUAGAUCAACUUUGGAAACUUAUGAAUUCUGGUACUUCACACGACUGGAGGUUACGGUGUGGUGCUGUGGACUUGUAUUUCACACUUUUUGGUCUCAGUAGACCUUCCUGUUUACCCUUGCCAGAGCUUGGGUUGGUUCUUAAUCUAAAGGAAAAAAAAGCUGUGUUGAAUCCUACCAUAAUUCCAGAGUCCGUAACAGGCAACCAAGAAGUUACAAGUAAUCCAAGCAGUCAUGCACAGCAAAUUGGAUUUCAGAACCCAGAAGAUGAUCACCUUGCCAAGGAAGCAUCAUGUAAUAUAUCAGCUCAUCAGCAGGGAGUGAAGAGGAAGGCUGACACACCACUGGGGUCCCCACUAGAACCUGGUCAAAUUCUGGAGAAGAAUGAGGAUAGCAGUAAAGUCAAACUCAAAAUCAGAUUUUCAAGUUCUCAAGAUGAGGAAGAGAUUGAUAUGGAUACUGUUCAUGAUAGUCAGGCCUUCAUCUCCCAUCAUCUGAACAUGCUUGAGAGGCCAUCAACUCCAGGUGAGGUUAACAUUACAAGCUAA